UCCCCGCCGCUGCCGCCUUGACGUCGUGGAGUCCCCGGGAGGCUCCGCCCCCCUGCUCGGGCUGGAGCUUUGCGCGGCAGCUAGGGACUCGGCGGCCAUGGCAGGACCCGGCGCCCCCUGCGAUCCCUGCGCGCCCGCCGCUGUCUGGAAGCGCCACAUCGUGCGGCAGCUGCGGCAUCGGGACCGCACGCAAAAGGCGCUCUUCCUGGAGCUAGUGCCGGCUUAUAACAAUCUCCUAGAGAAGGCUGAACUGCUAGCCAAGUUCUCAGAAAAGUUGAAGUCCGAACCAAAGGAUACCAUCUCCACCCGACAUGAGGACUGGAGGGAGGAGGUCUCAGGGACAGGCCCUGACCAAGUCUCAUCACCAGCCUCUCUGAGGGUGAAGUGGCAGCAGGAGAAGAAGGGGCUGCAGCUGGUCUGUGGUGAGAUGGCCUACCAGGUGGUGAAGAAGAGCGCAGCCCUAGACACCCUGCAGUCACAGCUGGAGGAGCGGCAGGACAGGCUGGAAGCCCUGCAGGCCUGCGUGGUUCAGCUACAGGAGGCGCGGGCUCAGCAGUCCCGGCAGCUGGAGGAACGGCAAGCAGAGAACGCGGCACAGAGAGAAGCCUACGAGACGCUGCUCCAGCAAGCAGCACACCAGGAGGCGGCACUGCGCAGGCUCCAGGAAGAGGCACGCGACUUGCUAGAGCAGCUUGUGCAGCGUAAGGCGCGCGCCGCCGCUGAGCGCAAUCUACGUAAUGAGCGUAGAGAGAGGGCCAACCAGGCUCUGGUGUCCCAGGAGCUGAAGAAAGCGGCUAAGCGGACUGUGAGCAUCAGCGAGAUCCCAAACACUCUAGAAGAUGGGACCAAAGAGGAGACUGUGGCUCUAGCUCCUGCCGCUCUGCCUGAGUUCUCGGAGAGUGAGACUUGUGAAAAAUGGAAGAGGCCUUUCAGCUUCAAGAAAAGAAGAGGUCACUCGGUUGGGGGCGCACCUGAGCAGCGGUACCAAAGCAUCCCUGUGUGUGUGUCUGCCCAAAUUCCCUCCCAGGCUCAGGAUGUCUUGGAUGCCCAUCUCUCUGAGGUCAAUGCUGUUUGUUUUGGCCCCAACAGCAGCCUCCUGGCCACUGGAGGGGCUGACCGGCUGAUCCACCUCUGGAAUGUUGUAGGAGGUCGCCUGGAGGCCAACCAGACCCUCGAAGGAGCUGGCGGCAGCGUCACCAGUGUGGACUUUGACCCCUCAGGCUCCCAGGUUUUGGCAGCUACUUACAACCAGGCUGCCCAGCUCUGGAAGGUGGGAGAGACUCAGUCCAAGGAAACAUUGUCCGGACACAAGGACAAAGUGACAGCUGCCAAAUUCAAGCUAACAAGGCACCAGGCAGUGACUGGGAGCCGAGACCGGACAGUGAAGGAAUGGGACCUGGGCCGCGCCUACUGUUCCAGGACUAUCAAUGUCCUUUCCUACUGCAAUGACGUGGUGUGUGGGGACCAUAUCAUCAUCAGUGGCCACAAUGACCAGAAGAUCCGGUUCUGGGACAGCAGGGGCCCUCACUGCAUCCAGGUCAUCCCUGUGCAGGGCCGGGUUACCUCCCUGCACCUCAGCUAUGACCAGCUGCAUCUGCUUAGCUGUUCCCGAGACAACACACUCAAGGCUAUCGACCUGCGAAUCAGCAAUAUCCGACAGGUGUUCAGGGCAGAUGGCUUCAAGUGCAGUUCUGACUGGACCAAAGCUGUGUUCAGCCCUGACAGAAGCUACGCACUGGCAGGCUCCUCAAAUGGCGACCUGUACAUCUGGGAUGUGAACACCGGGAAACUGGAGACCAGCCUACAGGGACCCCACUGCACUGCUGUUAAUGCCGUGGCUUGGUGCUUCUCCGGGAACCACGUUGUGAGUGUGGACCAAGGCAGGAAGGUGGUGCUCUGGCAUUGAGUGGCACAAGUUCCCUGUAUGGGUUGGACUCUGAAGCCAGAAGCCAAAGAACAGCUUCCCUGUGCUCAGGACUCCAGAGCUGGGGUUGGGGUCUACUACAGAAUUCAUGUGAGGGCCAGGCAGGACCUGGCCUGUUUGUUAAAAAUCAAAGUGUGGGUUAGGAACUACAGUUUUGUUUUUUAAAUCUAUUUGUUUAUUCUCUUCAGUGUUAAAAACUGUAUCUAAGCCAUGCCUUGCCUCUUUGAAGCAUUUGUGGGUACAGAGACACUUAGACUUAGCCUCUUCUUUUUCCAUAGAUGUAGGGCCUUGUAGCAGAGCUUCUGCCUGGGAGAUGGGCUGUUCCAGUCUAGCUGUGGGAUAACAUGAAGAAAGGCUCAUGCAGGGGCAGCAAAGAGCAGCUUUUCAUCUAGGGAAUGAACCUGAUGGAAAGGGUCAAUAAACUAGAGUGACAUCGGAAUAGCUGGUAGAGGCCUGCCUGGAGCCUGGGACGAUGGUCUGAGCUGUAGUCCUAUGUCCUGGAUGAUGGGUGGCCUCCUGCCACUAUCUCCCUCCCUUGUAUGUUACCUCUGCCCUUGCAGCCACAGUGCCAGUCUCUGGGGCGACUGCGCUUAGUGCUGCUCUCUAAAGGUGCCUUC